AUGCCACUGAAUCCUUUUAAUUCCCCUGGCACCUCCACGAAUCCUACUGAAUCCUCUCAAUUCUCCUUUGGCUUCUCUGUAUCCUCUGCUUUUUCUCUUGGCACCUCCAAUAAUCCUACUGAAUCCUCUCAAUUCUCCUGGGGCGUCUCUGAACCCUCUGCUUCUUCACCUGGCACCUCCACGAAUCCUUUCUCCUGGGGCUUCUCUGAAUCCUCUACUUCCUCACCUGGCACCUCCACGAAUCCUACUGAAUCCUCUCAAUUCUCCUGGGGCUUCUCUGAAUCCUCUACUUCCUCACCUGGCACCUACGCAAAUCCUACUGAAUCCUCUCAAUUCUCCUGGGGCUUCUCUGAAUCCUCUGCUUGUUCUCCUGGCCCCUACACGAACCUACUGAAUCCUCUCAGUUCUCCUGGGGCUUUUCUGAAUCCUCUGCUUCUUCUCCUGGCACCUCCACGAAUCCUACUGAAUCCUCUAAAUACUCCUGGGGCUUCUCUGAAUCCUCUACUUCUGCACCUGGCACCUCCACGAAUCCUACUGAAUCCUCUCAAUUCUCCUGGGGCUUCUCGGAAUCCUCUGCUUGUUCUCCUGUCACCUCCAUGA